AUGCCCGGCGAAACAACGACGGACGAUCCACAACAUGAACGUCUUGUCUACACAUACACAUACACAUCAGACGGUGAUAAUGGUCAAGCACCACAAUCAAAUACAGUUAAAGUAACAACAACAGUUGAAGAAGAAACAACGCCUGAUGGCACAAAAGUUGUACGUAAGAAAGAAGAAUCUCAACAAGUAUCGAAAGUAACUAAAAUACAAAAAAUAACACGAGUACAUCGUCAUCUUAUUGAUCCAUUAACUGGUGAACUUAUACGACAAGAUGAUCCUCGAUAUCAAGCUCUAAUAGCCGAAUAUGGUGAACCAACACCAACAACAUGGUCAGAUGAACAAGUUGUCUAUGAAGGCAAUUCAAUACCAACGAAUAGUAUAAUAACAAAACAUGAAACAAGUACUGGUUUUUCGCCGAACUCAUCUUUUAUUCAACAAAAAACUCGAUUAAGAUCCAAUGAUGAACAUUCUCCAUCAUCCGCACGUUCUUCUCAACGUUCAACAACUACAACUACACAUCAACAUCAACAUUUGAAUUAUGAACCACAAACUAAUCGUAUGGAACGAAGUACAUAUGCGUCUGGUGGCGAUAGAAUUGAAACAGGAGUAUCGAUGACAAACGGAUCAAAAUAUGAUCAACGAGGUAAAUAUUCCAAUGGACGACCGUCAGGAAGAAUACCACCAAAUCACUACACCAACGGCAAUGGACGAAAUGGUAAUAGCCAGGAAAAUUUCGAUCAUCGUUAUACUGGUACACGUUAUAAUGAACCAGAACAUAAUAAAACUAAUACUGACGAAAAAAUUAUUGAUUAUGAUCCAAAUGAUCCAAAUUUAGUUGAUGAACCGUAUCUUGAUGUUGAAAAUCCUUAUGAAGGCUUAGGUCCAGGUCGAUCGGAUAAUAUUGGUCGUGCGCUUCUACCAACUGCUGGACGACAGUCGCCGGAUAGUAUUGGACACGCUCCUCCGGACUAUGGUGAAGAUUAUGGUACAUUGAGUCGUAUGUAUGCACCAUUUGGUAUAAAUGAUGAGGAUUAUCAUUCUCGACGACGAUCACCUUCAAUAGAUACAGAAUUUCGAGAACAACGUUGGCGUGAUCCAGAUUUACAGGAAGUUAUUGAAUAUCUUAGUCAUACAAGCGAUGUUAUUAAAGAGAAUGCAGCUGCUUAUUUACAACAUUUAUGUUUUAAUGAUGAUAACAUCAAAUCUAAAACAAGAUCAUUAAAUGGUAUUGCUUAUUUAGUUGCCUUACUGCAACAUGAAAAACCGGAAAUACAAAAGAAUGCAUGUGGAGCUUUGAGAAAUUUAUGUUAUGGAAAACGAAAUGAUGAAAAUAAGAUUGAACUUAAAAACCGUGGUGGUAUUCCAGCAUUAAUUCAUCUUCUACGUCGAACACCCUAUGAAGAUGUUCGAGAAUCUGUUACAGCUGUUCUUUGGAACGCAUCUUCGUCACCACAAUUAAAAGGACAAAUACUCGACGAAGGUUUACAUGUACUUGUUACAAAUAUAAUUAUUCCGUUUUCUGGUUGGGAUCUUGAUGUUAAUCGACGUUUAAAUCCACAAGGAAAAUUUCCGGCUGUCUUUAAAAAUGCUACAGGAAUUCUUCGUAAUUGUUCAUCCGCUGAGUAUGAUGGUCGACGUAAAAUGCGUCAAUGCGAUGGAUUUAUUCCAUCACUUCUUCAUGCCGUUAAUUCCAGUCUUCAAUCAUUGAACGAAAUCGAUAAUAAAUCCAUAGAAAAUUGCAUGUGCAUAUUACGUAAUCUAUCGUAUAAAUUACAAGAAGUUGUUGAUCCUAAUUAUGAUCGUAACUAUCCAGCGAUGGCAGCAGCAUCGACAUGGAGCGUGCCACCAUCGCAAGCGAACACCAACGGACAAGACAAAACUAAAAUUGGCUGUAUGGGUUCAAAACAGAAAAAAACUAAACAAAUAUACGAUCAAACUGGAACAAAUGCGAAUAAUAAUAAUAAUCAAACUAUUCAUCCUAUACUGCCACCACGGGAAGGUCGACCUGUUGAAAUGCUUUGGCAAACAGACGUGAUUGGUACUUAUGUACAUCUUCUUCGUCAUAGUAGUAAUCCUGAUACACUUGAAGCCACAGCUGGAUGUAUACAAAAUCUAACUGCUUGCUAUUGGAAACCAUCGAUGGAUUUACGUGCUGAAGUGCGUAAAGCUCGUGGCCUAUCUGAAUUAGUUGAUCUAUUGCGUGUCGACGAAAGUGAUGCUGUUGUCAAUGCAUCAGCCAUAGCUUUGAGAAAUUUAGCCAUUGAUCCAAAAAAUCGUGAUGUACUUGGUGGUUGGGCUAUAAAAGAGCUCGUUGCUGUUUUACCUGAUCCAUCCGAGCAAGCAAUAAAUCAACGUCGUCAUUCCGAUGAAACACUCACGUCAGUUCUUGCGGCAUUAAAUGAAAUCAUUCGCACCAAUGAUACUAAUGCUAAACUUUUGUUUCAAGAAGGUGGCGUUACUAAAAUGGCCGGUAUUAUGAAUGCGAAAGGACAUGUUUAUAAUGCUAAAGUUAUUAAAUAUACCGCACAUGUACUUAACACAAUGUAUAAACAUCGUUCAUUACAUGAAUUAUAUAAACAACAUGGUUACAAAGAAAGUGAUUUUAUACAUCAUAGAUUAUUAAAUUCGAAAUCGUUAACAUCAAGUCCACAAUCAACACUAAAUCGACCCAGAGGUGAUAUGGGACAACUCACAUAUUUUACAUCGAAAGGAAAACAAAUAAAUCGUCCACAAAGAGGAGAAGACUAUCGAAUGCAAAAAUUAAAUCAAAGUAUGGAUAAUCUACAAAGACCAUAUGGAAAUGGAACAAUGCCACCUUACAGUGAUCCUCAUGCUGAUCUCUAUGCUACUGUACAUAAAAACCGACCACAACAAGUUCAACCAACCACAUGGGAUCAACUUGGACAAAUAUCAACGUCACCUGAUUCUUGGGUAUAA